GCGAAAGGUUUAUAAGAACAAGAGGGAAAAAUUCUUCUCUUUUUUUUUUCACCGCUCACUUUUUUCUUUCAUCAUCUUUUUAGUGAUGGCUAUUACUACUACUCUUCUUACAUUACUACCAUCACCUAGUACUAUUUUCGUUUAUGGUAUUUUAAUUGUAGGUGUUGUUAUUGCCAUCCAUGUUCUUUCUCAAUUGAUUGGUCCUAAAGAUCCUAAUCAACCUCCUGUAGUAUUUUCUUGGAUUCCUGUUUUCGGUAAUGCUGCUCAAUUUGGAAUGGAUCCUAUUACGUUUUUACAAAACUGUCAAAAGAAAUAUGGUGAUAUUUUUACUUUUACUAUGGUUGGAAAACGCGUUACUGUAUGUUUAGGUGCUGAUGGUAAUCAAUUUGUCUUCAAUAACAAACAAAAUUUGUCUUCUGCCGCACAAGCUUACAAUCAUAUGACAAAGUUUGUGUUUGGACCUGAAGUGGUUUAUGAUGCUCCUCAUAGCGUAUUUAUGGAACAAAAGAAAUUCAUUAAGGCUGGUUUGAACUCUGAUUGUUUCCGUCGUCAUGUACCUAUUAUCGUGAAAGAAACUGAAGACUUUUUCAAGAAAUAUACCAAACCUAGUGGAUUAAUGGAAGCUUAUGAAACAUUUGGACAUUUGAUUAUUUUGACGGCAUCUAGCUGUUUGAUGGGUAAAGAAAUUCGAUCUAGUUUGGAUGAAACGGUGGCUGGUCUCUACUAUGAUCUGGAUCAAGGCUUCAAACCUAUCAACUUUAUCUUUCCCAAUCUUCCUUUACCUUCUUAUCGUCGUCGUGAUAUCGCUAGAGAAAAGAUGGCUGCAUUGUAUUCUAGUAUUAUUCAACGUAGAAAAGCUGAAAAUGAUAAUAGCAAUAUGGACUUACUUCAAGCUUUGAUGGAUGCUACAUAUAAGGAUGGAACCAAUAUUCCCGAUCAUCACAUUGCUGGUAUGAUGAUUGCUGUUUUGUUUGGUGGACAACAUACUUCAGCUACGACAUCAGCUUGGACUAUUUUGGAAUUAGCAGCUCAACCUGAUCUUGUAAGAAGUUUACGUGAAGAACAAAUUGAAAAAUUAGGAUCUCUCAAGGCGGAUUUGACUUUUGACAAUAUCAAGGACUUGCCUCUUUUGGAUGCUGUGAUUCGUGAAACCUUACGUCUUCAUCCUCCCAUUUUCCAAAUGAUGCGUCGUGUGGUGGCUGAUAAAGUGAUAUAUGAAAAGAAUGGAUUGGAAAUACCCAAAGGCAAUUAUCUUUGUGCUGCUCCUGGUGUGACUCAAGUGGAUCCUACUUACUUCAAUGAACCUCUCAAAUAUAAUCCUUAUCGUUGGAUUGAAAAAUCAGAUCCUGUACAUCAAAUGGAACAAGGUGAUGAUGCAAACAUUGAUUAUGGUUUUGGUGCUGUUGGAAUCUCUUCCAAAUCUCCCUUCUUACCUUUUGGUGCCGGUCGUCAUCGAUGUAUUGGUGAACAAUUUGGUUACCUUCAAUUGAAGACUAUCUUAUCUACUUAUAUUCGCAUGUUUGAUUUUGAAUUGGAACCUGGUCACUCUGUUCCAAAGUCUGAUUAUACUUCUAUGGUGGUGGUGCCUCAACAUCCUAGCAAGGUCAAAUACACCUUUAGAGAAUAGGCUAGAUCUUUUCUCUUAUUCUUUUUAUAUACAUCCUCCUCCCUAAUAUAGUUUCCUACUUAUUAUCUUUUUUUUUUGUCUUUUCCUUUUUUAGUUACAAUUUAUUAUUUAUAUAUAAUCAUUUCUUUUUAUUUCAAUAAACAUUUAUUAUUGACAUUAUUAUUAUUAUUA